AUGACACCAUCCGAUUCCGUUGGUACACAGAAAGCCGCAGAUGAAACUGAUUUCGGUUAUACACAUCAAGCAUUACAAGAUGAACUUCACACUCAAUUGGCUAUUGAAGAAGAAUUGGAAGCAGUCCAUGAGAGCUCAGCCGGAGACGAACGAUCCGUUCAGAGAGAACUAAAUGAGAUUUCGAGAACAGUUGAUGUGAACAAAGAAUGUCUUCACUAUCUAUCUGGAAUCACAGAUCUGGAGGAUUUUUACUCCGAUUUGACAACUAUCAACGCCAAGCGCGUUUUGGAUUUGGUAUCUCACAAGAUGAAUUCACGUUUUUGGAAGCGGAAAUUGUCAUCCAAAGUACGACGUGCAUGGCAAAAUAUUGGACGUUAUUCAGAACUGGUCACACUGCAUUUGAAGAAUGCUGCCGAUUUUCAUCAGUUUUAUUACGAUGCCAGACAAGUUGAAGUAAAGCUGAACGAACAAUGCCACAAAUUUCUAAACGCUCGAAGGCGUUACAAUUGGGACAAUUGUGAAGGUAACGUCGUUGAAGCUCGCGAGCUGACCAAUUUGCUCAAGACACAAUAUCAACAUUUGGAAUAUUUGGCUGCCAGAUCGAAAGAGAUUUUGGAACGUUCUAGUCAAGUUGUUCCAAUACACUUACGCCUGAAUCGUUUGAAAGGUCCGGUGAACGGCGUAAUGUUGUGUGACUACGAGACACCCCAUUUCAAACUUUCUGCCGGUGACUCUGUCCUCGUGUUGAGCAAUUCAUCUAGUCAUCUAGCCGAACAAAGUCAGACAAGUGAAUCCCAAACGGAAUCCCGAUCCGAACUAACCAGUGGUACGACCAGUGAAGAUAUCAAUGAUAUAGCUCCGGGCCUACUGAAUGGCGAACGCAGUGGUGUACCAACGGGCCCUGCUAUCCAUCGACCUGCAAUCCCGUUCCGUUGGGAAAGACGGGAAGACACGGACACUGGGACCUAUACAUCAACUUCUUAUUUGACGGAAAGCUCUUUGCAAGGUCCGGCGGCUGACAAACUGCAGUGGCACAUUCGAACCCCUAACGGAUCUGUGGAUGCUCGGGUUCCUGCCGUGUGUGUGUGGAUUCCCGCACCGGAUGUGGAAGCCAGAGAACGUUCAAUUGCAUUAAAUCGGAUUUUAUUGGACACGUGGAAGGAUAUCAUUGACGAUCAGCUGCUCGUCUGCCUUCGGUUCUUCAAGCGAUUGUUGAGACGAUUACUGCAGAGUGAUGGUAUAACCACCGAUGACGAUGAAGCGUUCAAGAGAUUCCUCCAUGAGCUGGCCUAUUCUCUGAGUGAACCACCAUCUGCAGAAGGCGACGAGACUAGAAAUAAGGAGUUCCUUGAGCUGAUCAACGCAACACGAGAUCUCUGGCAAGGGACUAACAAGGUCACUGUGACCGUUCGAUCCGGACAUGAUUCAAAUUCAAGCGCAUACACAUUCACUUUGUUCGCUUUUCCCCGCACGCUUAUUCACAUGUCUGGCAUUGGAUGCCGACCAGGACGUUCUGGCAUGUCCAAAAAAUUAAUCAAUCGACACAAUGGGGGGAGUUUUUGUGAGGACAAUGCUCAACACUUCCCGAAUCGUGAUUCGCUUGAUGAUAGUGAAGUAGCGAAAAAAGAACGGCAAAAAGUGGAUCAAUUACUGCGAGAACUGUACGAGUGGAAUGCGCGGCAUCGUGUGCCCACUGAAAUCCGACCAUCCCCACCGGUCAGUUCCGAUGAUCAAUUUCUCUCCUCAUCAUCGGGCUCGGAAAUCUCCGACACUGAGGUAUCGGAAACCGGAAUUGAGUCACGCAGUGCACGCGGUUCUAGUGAACACUCAUCGGAAUACAUCUCGGAGCACUAUCAGUCGAGAAUCACGACCAAAACCCGGUUCCCCUCCAUGACCUACAUGUUGCCGGCAAUCUUCGCCUACGGUGAACAAGGAUACUCAGAUGAAAUCGCUUCGAGCGAAGAGGCGAGUAGUGUAGAAGAUGGAGCUAGCGAGUACAGCGUAGGUGCAGAUUCUUACACCAAGUGGCGCGAUGGACAAAUCUAUCAGAAGUGGGUUCCGGCAGCUCCAACCGUUGGGACAGAAAGCGAUAGUAUGGAAUUCGAGACCGGGACUGGCCGUCAGUACGUCAGCACAAAGAGUUUGAAUAUGAGUAUGACGCUUGAACCGGAUGUACCAGUUCAUUCACCCGAACGUACUGUGUAUCGAAGCCGGCAACAGAUUGAUACGACAGAAUCAGAAAAAGCUUAUUCUGUGGUGUAUAUUGAAGUGGCCCGAACCGAUCAGUCGGACGAACGUGCCGGAGCUAUUUCAGUUGGACAGUUUGAUAAAGCGGUUCAGGCUGAGCACAAAUCACCCACUCCGCGCGUAAGACGAAUCACUCAGAUGCGCGAGGAGGAAGAGGAAGAUGAGAGUUUGAUUAGACGCGAGGCGCGAAAGACAAUAGUUGCACCAAUGCGUGGCGAUAAAGUGGACGAUGGUGUACAGACCGUUGGUACCUUAUCAGUAGGACGCAGUAUUGGUUUGAUGACUGUAGAUGAAAGCGAACUGAUGGCGUUGAUUACAUCUGAAACAAAGGAAUCGGUAGUCACGAAGAAAGAAACUACCGAACAGGACUUGGUGCAUGUAAAAGAUGAUACACGUAUUGGACAACCAGUAGCAGAAAUCCAUGAAGAAAUGGUACCUGAGACAGCUGCGCAGCAAACCCGGACUGAUUCAGUAGAUACUGUGAGAUUCCCCGGAUCUUCCCGGGAAAUGUCGACACAGACAGCGCAGCCUCUUUACCAAGGCACGUACGUUGACGCGCAUAUCAAAACGGUAUUACAGUCCACCAGCACAUAUCAUUACACUCCAGAAGAAACAUUGACUGUCAUUACCGGAUCAGAAACGGCACAAGUCGGGGAGACGAUUCAAGCGGUCGGAAAACCUACCAUAGUCGCAACGCACAGAGACUUCUCUUUCAACCUCGAUAAGGCAGUUCAAUUAAGUCCCGACAUGAGACCGUAUGGAAUGAAUACAGAAUUUCCCCUCUCUACUUACCGGGAGUAUUUCCACGUGACAUACGAAACCCAAUCAGAACAAAUUGCAACACAAAUCACAAACGAGGUAAUUGAAUCCGCCAUGGAAGAGCUUAUAACAGAAAUAGUGCGACAACGGAUAACAAAAGAAACAAAUGAGUACAUUCAAGAAAUACUCAUUGAAAAAGAACAAUUGGAGCGAGAAAUAACUCGACUGCGAGAAGAGAUACACACCACAAGCAUUCAAAUAAUACCGACACAUCUGAAAGAAAGUGAGAAGACGGAAACUCUGUCGGAAGCCAGCCAUAAAACAACUGAACAGAUACAAGUGGUAAGAACACCGAUAGCGGCAGCCAUACCUCCGCAAAUAAUUCACCAAACCUGCGCGUACGUCGAACCGGAGAAACGCGAAGAACAAAGAGAUCAAAUGAAAAAGGAAAUCCAACAGCUGAAAACCGACGAGACGCAAACGGAUUUGGGCGUGAGAGGCGAACCGUUGAGGCCGAUCGUGGACGAGGCAACGAUGUCUGUGAGCACCUCUGUGGGUGAGUAUGGUCCGGUGGUUGUGUCCACACCGACAACGGAGGUGAUAAGUGAGGAGACAGUGUCACNGGAUGCGUCUGGCCAUUUGGUCGGAUUGCGAGUGGAUGGAUUGGAUGAACGUGACACGGUUGGCAUUCCGAAAGUGGACAUCACAUCGCCGACGGAUCGUGAUCUUCGACCUGUGGAAUUUGGAAUUGAAGAGAAGCCAUCGCAUCGUGUAUUGGUCGAUACGUGGUCGUCUGCCAGUUCGGCCGAGUGGGUGGACACGCUUGUUGCAGUGCAAGCAGGGCCAGUUCCAGUGAAGGUGUUCGGUACUCAAACGGAUUUGCGCGUGAGAGGCGAACCGUUGAGGCCGAUCGUGGACGAGGCAACGAUGUCUGUGAGCACCUCUGUGGGUGAGUAUGGUCCGGUGGUUGUGUCCACACCGACAACGGAGGUGAAACGAGAGGAGAGUGUGUUGGAAAGAGAGACGGAGCGUGGCGCAGACGAGGUGACCGAUACAUACGAGCAUGUGUUUGUUCCUAAAGUUGUGAAGACAGAGUCUGUCAGUGUUCAGGCGGAUAUGUUACGCAUACAAACGAUCGAGGCGUCUCAACAUGUGAUGUUGGAGGCGAAGAGCGACGUGAGUCAGACCGUGGCUGGUCCAGAUGUCCCAUCAACGGUGCCGACAACCUCAGUUUCCGUUGAUCGCACAAUUCGAAUGACAGACGUGAGCGUGAGCUACGUCCGUGAAGCAUCUGUUCCCGUUGACACAUCGACCAGUGUGAUUGUUUCGGAGAAGCCAGUGUCACGCGUUCCGACACUGAUCGAGGCUUCGACCAUGAGCACGCAGAUGGCCGUGCCUACGAUCGAUCAUAGUAGCGUCGGAGUAGGCGCAGAUCAAUCGGAUUCGGGUCAUUGUUCAGUGUGUGGUCAGCGAUUGCGAACGGAGAGAUUGACAGUGGUGGACGAUGCGGUUCAAACGGACGUUGUUUCUGAAGUAUCGGACACGGGUGUUGGCGAGUCUGCGGUACAGCCUUCGGUGUCUAAGGAUGUCGUGAGUACGAGAAGCAUAGUGCGUCUAGACGAAUCUACUCAAACAGUUUCUCAGAGGAUGAUUGUUGUGAGUGAGAUGGUGGACAGUUUCAGUUCUGAGUCGACGAGCGCGUGGACAGACAGGGUUUCGUUAGUGCCAGCGGAUAGCGUUCAGGUGAAGGUGUUCGGUACCCAAACGGAUUUGGGCGUGAGAGGCGAACCGUUGAGGCCGAUCGUGGACGAGGCAACGAUGUCUGUGAGCACCUCUGUGGGUGAGUAUGGUCCGGUGGUUGUGUCCACACCGACAACGGAGGUGAUAAGUGAGGAGACAGUGUCACAACGGGAAGGAACGUCCGGAGCGCGUAUCAUUUAUCCUAUCCUGAUUGAUGAUAGUACUUCUACAUUCAGACGGGUCGCCGAUCGAACUGCUCUCGUCGAUGCUGAAAUGCAGUCUGUGGUUUUCGGCGCACCUGCUGUGAUUUCUUCGCGCAACAUCGGUGUCACCGCGCAAAGUGUGACACCUAUUUCAGAUCAACAUUCCUACAAUAUUUCAUAUCCAUCCGAUAGUGUCAAGUCGUCACUUAUUUUCACUGAUGCGGUCACUCAAUGCGAUUCUCCGAGUGAUAAGGUGUCCGAAUUUGUUGUGACUACUAAGCCCACUGCAAGUUGUGCUGUGCAAACAUCUCUGACAGUGGGUUUGUGUGAUACGGAAAGCUUACUGCUACGCGACGUGCCGGUCCCGAGUGGUGUGUUCGACUCUCGCAUGGAGUCUCACGGUGAUGUGAAAGUGGGCUUGCCUGAGUUAAUAUCCGUUAACGUGCAAACAGAACGUGUCACUUCUGAUAAGGUUAGUCCCGUACUAAUCGAUGCUUCUACGGCUACUGUCUCAGCUGCGAUAACAGACUCAUGGAUGCAAGUGCACGAUUCAUCGAUGCAAAUGUUGCGAGAUGCAGAUAUGAAACGUUCUGUACCUAUACUUCUGGAUAAUUAUACAAGUGCAUCCACUGGAGAGGUUGUUUUCCGGCAGCCUGGAGAUGUUUAUGACGGAACACGUAUGGGUGACAGAGAGUUGAGUGAACAUGCACUUGCACAAUCAACGUCAGAUAAGCCAACUGCUAGAGUAUCGAUGUGUUCCAGCCAUGUGCAAUAUGUCAAGGCGAGAACGCCAGUUAGCACACAGACGGUUGAAAUAAUCGGAACCACGAUGUAUCCAAGCGUUCAAGAGGUGGGCGAAAAGGAGAAAAUACGAGGAGAAACAAAAGAAGCUGUUACCCAAACCAAGGAAAUUUCCGUCCCACUACUUGAGGCAUCACAACAUGUUCUGCUUGAGUCGAUGAGUGAUGCUGUACAGGAAUCAGAACAGGAGAGACGUGGUGAAAGUUCAACAACCAUUAGUGAUACAAGGUUGACAACGGUUGAAAAACAAGGAAAGGAAGAAACAACGACUGUAAAGCGUGCGACUCUAAAUGUGUUGGACUGCGAGAGUGCAGCUUUGCUUAGAUUGUCUGACAUAACUACUCAAACAACAUACCCGAAAGUGGAUUUGAUUAGCUCAACCAGUGAUUCGUUCACUGUACCGGCUGAGCGAGAAUCCCGUAUGACUGAUGUUAGCAUCAGUUAUCUAACGAAACCAAUAACAACUACCGAUAUGUCUAUGGUAAUGAGUGCAAUGAAGACAACGAAAGAAUCAGGUGAGAGAGAGGCCGUGGAAAGAGGACGAUCGCACGAUGCAGCAACAAUGACUGAGAUAGAAGUGCACGUAAAAGAUGAAGAAUCUACACCAACAGAUGAAGAGAAAAGGCAGCUGACCGCCACAGCCUCAGUACAAGCGGAUUUGAUGCGCAUACAAACGAUCGAGGCGUCUCAACAUGUGAUGUUGGAGGCGAAGAGCGACGUGAGU